UUUCAAUCUCUAUUUUUGCUUGGAUUUUCGAUUUGGGGCAUUGGGGUUUUGGUUUGGGCUUAAAAUCCGAAAGCCAACAACAUGUUUUUGUGUCAAUUCGUCUCGUUCUUCGAACUCGGUGACUCGCUCUCGAACUCGCGAGUUUGGUACGAGUCGACGAGUUUACUCCGAGUUCAUUACGAGUUUGAAAAAAAACGAGUUUAUAUGCGAGUUAACCCGUGAACACUGUCAUGACUCGCAGACUCGUACGGGUGUACGAGUCAACCCGCGAGUUUGAUAACCAUGGUUGCAGCCAUUAAUUUAAAAACCAAAAUAUCAGAGGAGAGGGUGGACUAAAUGGAUUGAACUCAGUUGCUAAAACAUAUUUAAACAAAAUCUCUUUGCUGGUGCAGUUCACUCCUUUUAGUCCUACUAUGUGAAAGAAAAGAGUGGCAUGCUAAAUGAAAGUGCUCCUUGUAAAUUAUAAGAACUACACACUGAAGUUUUGAGAGUAGCAGAGUGUGACUCUUGCAGCAAAACUCUUGCAGCAUAAAAUGAAAGCAGAGACAUGCAAGGAUUACAUAAUAAUCGUAAACUUUGUGGCCAAAUUAUGCGUGCAAUGGGUUAGGUGGCAUGAUGUUUGUUGCUAUAUUUAAGCAUGAAGGGAAUAUAGUUGUAAAGAACACUCUUAAUUGCAAAUAUGUACUAUCUCUAAUAGAAAUUUAAUAGUUGUGAUCAAUCAUUUUUCUUUUUUUCCUUGAUUAUUGUUUUCUGAUCAUAGGUUGUACUAUAUGAAAUCCAUUAGUUAUGUCUGUUACUAAAGGCUUACUUGGAUAAAGACUAUCAAAAGUCUUCUCUCUCAGGAGUAGAGCUUCUCUAGAUUUUUUUCAUCUGCUUUAUUUUGUAUAUUUAAAUAUAUUUUACUUAAUUAUUUCUUCUUUUGGAUUGUAUUUAGUGAAUAUUCUUCCUCUGUGUGCUCUCAUUUCCUUUUUAUUAGCAGAAAUGAAGAGAAAACACACUGAUCUCAUGUACUGGGUGGGAGUCAUAACAUUUCCUUUGGUUGUCAAAUAGGAAACAAAAUGGAAAAGAGAAGAAUAUUUUGUUUAUAAAGUCAACUUUUAUUUUUCAUCAAAUAAAGAGGAAUCAUUAUUUGUGUUGUUUUUCCUGUUUUUUUUUUUUCUUUUCCAAAUAGACCAAUAGAUUUUUAUGACUAACUUCUGAGUUGCUCUCCAUAAGAUAUGUUUUAGCCUUUUGUGUUCAUCUCUAAAGGUGUGAUUCUCGAGAUUAUCAGACAAUUAUAUGUAGUGACUGUUUUCAAAUUUCAAAUAGAAUGUCAAUACAAAAAUAAUUCCAUAGAAACUUCUAAUUUUAAUCGAACUUAGGAAGCAACAUUAUUUAGUUGCGCAUUAUUAAAGCACCAUUUCUUCAAUUGGCUUACCAGUACUGCUUUUUUUUUCUUGUGAACAAAACAAGAACUGUUAGAAUAUCAGUAUCAAACUUAAAUGAGUUAAGGACCAAAGGCCCAAAGAAGAUAAUGGACUCAAUGUACAUCAUGGAGAUCACUUUCAAAUUCACGUGAUUUCUGUAGUCUCUUUCAAACUUGAAAUGAAAUUUCUUAAACGAGGCAUGGAAUAAAUUAGUCAUUCAGAGUCACAGAAUUCCCUCCUAGAUUAAUAGGUGCACUGGCAGAAACAUUUUAGGAGUAGUAGCUUUGAAAUUAAUUAAUUACGAAAAUUCACCAAAAGGAGACACACUAACAAGAAAAUUGUGAUACUACUUUAUUGUAUAUGUCAAAAUGUAUGAGUUGGUGUGUAGAGUGUGUUCCCUUCAUGAACGUACCACCCAAAUAUGAGUUGGUUAUAAUAAGCACCUGGAUUUUAAUUUUUUUUUUAUAAUUGAAUAAAUCAGUUUGAACUAUUUUCACGUAAGAUAUAAACUAUUUUUAUAUCUUAGAAAGAUUCCCUUUACUUUCCUUUCACCGCACACCAUAAACCUUUUUCUUUUUAAUUUGCUUCUUGCCAGGCCAGUGUGAUAAAAUCUUUAGAACUGAUAAUUGAAAUGCAUUGCCCUAAACAAAAAGUGUGGCCAUUGCACUAGGUUUCUUUUUUGGUGUUAAAGUAGUGGCAGGUUUUCCUAUCUAAGUCUUUUCUUCCAAUCAAUGACUCAUAAUUGUUGAAAUAACGUUGAUGAUGAGAGGAAAGUGGAGUUGAUGAUGAAUGUUAAUAAUUGAUAAUGCAUGCAUAAAUGCAAGAGUAGAAGUAGUACUAUGAUGUGAGGGCAUGAAAGAGUGAAGAACAUAAAUUAGAAAGCGCUGAAGGAGAGAGACAGAAGAAACAAAUCUAUAAGCGAAACGAUGUGUUGGCUCUCUCAACAGCUGAACAUUAAAUUGGACAGAGUUCUGAGUCUCCUUUCUUGUUCCCACCAUUAAAUUGGGCAGCCUCUUUUUGAAUUUCAACCAUCUUUUAAUUAAAACCUUCAUACCAAUCUUCACAUACGUUGCUAUAAGAAAAGAGAGACAAUACAAACAAUUGUAAGUAUUAGUGAAACAAUAAGUUUGUAUAUAAUUACUCUAAUUAUUUUAUCUGUCAAAUUUAGUUAUUUGCUUUUGCUUUUGUACUCUACCUACUUGUUUUUAUGUUAUUUUUCUUUUCUUUCCUAUGUGUCAGACAAACGUAUCUCUGUUUUCUCCCAAUUGCUUAAGCUUAAAAGUUUCUCUACAUGAUGUGUGUUGAAGUGUCACCUCUAUUGAAUUACUUUAUGUCGACUUAUUUAGUUUCUCAGAUUGGAAGAUUGGGGAUGGGGAAAUCGAGUUGUUAUAUUUUCUGAUAGACGUAAGUAGAAGAGACAGCACAAGAAGGGAAGAUCCUUUUGUUUUUGUUUUGCAGAGGUUUUCAUUCUUGGGAAGACUUUUGGAUAGGUAAUAUCGAUCUUCUGUGCAUCCUUCCAAGACCCAUGGCCUUCAUCUUCUAUUUCCUUUCCUCCAUCAAAUCCUUCACUGCAUGCAACAAUUUCCAUAAUCACCUGCAGCUACAAAAUGUUCAAGUACUCCAAUAGAACCCGUCUCCCUCUUCGCCGAAGGCGCAGACUCCAUUUUUGCCGACCAGCGCCUCUGUUUUAUGCAUAAACACCAACACCACCUUCCUGAAGUUAACAUUGUAAUCUUAAUGUUCAUUCCGUUUGAAUGGCUUCAUUCCGAACUCAGCAACAUUUGUAGGUCCCUCUUGAGGGUGAAGCAGUUACACGCAUUCCUUUUGAAGACCCAUCUCUCAGAAGACCCUUUUUACGCAACAAAAAUUCUCAGGCAGUAUGCAGUCAACAGCGACAUCAACUCGGCCCAUCAUGUGUUCGACAAAACUUCCGACCGAAGUGUCUACCUUUGGAAUUCCAUGAUUCGAGCUUUCGCGCAGUCCCAAAGAUUUUUCAGCGCAAUCUCUCUGUUUAGAACCAUGCUUGGGGCUGACAUAAGUCCUGAUGGUCACACUUAUGCUUGUGUUAUACGUGCGUGUGCUGACAACUUUGAUUACGGUAUGCUAAGGCGUGUUCAUGGAGGUGCUGUGGCUGCAGGAUUAGGACUGGACCCUGUUUGUUGCAGUGCACUUGUGACUGCUUAUUCAAAACUUGGUCUUGUUCAUGAAGCGCGUAGAGUGUUCAAUAGGAUCACUGAACCAGAUAUAGUUUUAUGGAAUUCAUUGAUUUCUGGCUAUGGGAGCUCUGGUCUAUGGGAUGUGGGGAUGCAGAUGUUUAGUGCGAUGAAACUUGUCGGGAAGAAGCCUGAUGGAUAUACCCUGGCUGGGUUGCUUGUGGGUAUUGUAGAUUCUGGGGUGCUGAGCAUUGGCCAAGGAUUACAUUGUUUAAGUCAAAAGAGUGGGCUUGAUGCUGACUCUCAUGUUAGUAGUUUGCUGGUGAGUUUUUACUCGAGAUGUAAGUGUAUGGAUUAUGCAUACAGAGUCUUUUGCAGUAUUUUGAAUCCUGAUUUGGUCACAUGGUCUGCUCUUAUUAUGGGGUAUUCUCAGGCUGGGGUGUUUGAGAAAGUGCUGUACCUUUUUUGGAAAUUAAACAUGGAAGACAGGAAGGCAGAUACUGUCUUGGUUGCCAGUGUAUUGGCUUCUAUUGCUCGGACGGCAAAUGUAGGACUUGGGUGCGAGGUACAUGGAUAUGCUCUUCGGCAUGGAUUGGAACUAGAUGUCAGGGUCUCCUCUGCUCUAAUAGAUAUGUAUUCAAAGUGUGGUUGUUUGCAGUUGGGAAUUAGUGUUUUCAGGAUAAUGCCAGAGCGGAAUGUUGUUUCUUAUAAUUCUGUAAUUUUGGCUUUUGGCUUGCAUGGAUAUGCUUAUGAGGCUUUUAAGGUGUUUGAAAAGAUGCUGGAGAAAGGAUUGGUACCUGAUGAAGCCACAUUCUCUUCUCUCCUUUCUGCCUGUUGUCAUGGUGGCCUCGUCAAAGAUGGUCGCGAGAUUUUCCGGAGAAUGGAGGAAGAAUUUAACAUCAGACCUAGGGCUGAACACUAUGUUUACAUGGUGAAGCUCCUUGGAAGUUCUGGGGAGUUGGAAGAGGCUUACAGUCUGAUCCGGUCUUUACCAGAACCUGUAGACAAGGCCAUCCUGGGAGCCUUAUUAUCUUGCUGUAAUUCUCGCGGAAAUUCUGAGCUGGCAGAAACUGUAGCACAGCAGCUUUUUGCAAAUAAUCCUACCGAUAAUGUAUACAGAGUUAUGCUUUCUAAUAUAUACGCGGGUGAUGGGAGGUGGGAUGAUGUUAAGAUGUUGAGGGAUAAAAUAACAGGACGUAUGAGAAAAAUGCCCGGACUAAGCUGGAUUGAAAGCAGUUAGCCAGUUGCCUCUCUUUCCUGAAACAGAGAGGAUUCUCCAAAAGUUAGUUUCAGUGGCUGAUCUCACUCAAGUGCUGCCUAUAUGUUCUCUUGCUUGUGUGGUUGCCAAGCAUCUUUCAUCUCUUUCUGCAUCUCAUGUCGGCUGUUUCAAGUUUUAGGAAAGCUGUAUGACCAACCAAUGACUUCCUUUCCAACGUCCCCUUUUAUACUUGGGUCCCAAUGUCAAUCUUCAACAAGGUUAAAGGGGCCGUUUCGUAGGAAAACUCAACCAUCUCAUUGUCACCAUACCUGGCAUCACCUUUAUAGUUAGUGUAUCAUGAUCAUACAAGAGACCCACUUCUAGGUAAUGUGGUCUUAUGGGAGGAAAUUUCGUUUAAUUGAGGAGAAAGAAGCAUAACAUAUUUGUGGUUGAAAAUUGUGCUACGGUAUCGUUUGCAUGCAAGUACGUGGCUAAAUUAGGAGACAUUCAAUAUAUGAAAUUUAUAUGUGACAAUCAAGUUGUAUUUCUGAUAGGCAAUACAUCAAAUCCAAUCUUUCUUGAUCGGGCCAAACACAGAUAGAUUGCUACUAAGAAAAAAAUCUAUUUUAAGAGGAAUUUAUAAGUGACUUUGUCAACUCUAAUGACUGGUUGACCGACAUUCUCAGCAAGUUCUUGGAAGCUUUCAUCAUGAUUACAUUUUAGCAAGAUUGUGCUUUAACCUGGAGAGGAGUGUUAUAUUUGAAAUAAUUAUCCCCAUAAAUAAGUGUUGUUGUUACAACAAUUUAGGAGUUUAAUUAUUCUUUUGUAUUUGUGAUUGAUUUUGUUGUACCCUAAUGUGCUCACAUACAACACAAUAUUCAGAUAUGUUCUUUUUUGUAUGAUAGUUUACAAAUAAAGUACCACAUAAGUGAUUUGGUCGUUA